ACGAUUGACCAAGUUGACGUACUACAAUAAGUACGCUAGCGGAACAGUAAUUCUCUCUUUUGUUUUAUUGCUUAAAGUGUUAAGUGUGGAACUGUUAAUAAUAUAUCCAUCAGAUUUACCUUGUUGCUCUCAAAUGUUUUCAUAUUUGUUUAGAAGAUAGCUUUUUCUAAGUUUCUGUAUAAGUUAGAAGCCAAAAGCAGGCGCAAUGGCGGUGCUGGCUGCAGCUCAGUUGCUGGACGAGUUGAUGGGCAGACAUCGGAACACCAAUCCAAAUGAGAAAAUAAAGAAACCUAAUUGGGAAGAUCAGGAGUACUGCAAAUAUUAUAUGGUGAAGUUCUGUCCCCAUGAUCUGUUUGUGAAUACGAGAGCCGACCUGGGCGUGUGCCCCAAGGUCCAUGACGAUGAGGUCAAGGACCUUUUUGAGAAGGCAGACGCUUCAUAUAAGAAGUCGCAGUAUGUGGAGGAGUUUCUACGAUUUUGCCGGCACAUGAUAAAUGAUGUUGAAAGGAAAAUUCAAAAAGGCAAGCAAAGAUUGGAGUUGAUGAACUCUAAACCAGAAGGCCCACCUAUGACCCAGGCGCAAACUGAGAAGAAUCAAGAGCAGGUCCAACUUCUCUCUGAGAAGAUACAAGCAUUGGUUCAGGAAGCUGAGGAGGCGGGUACAAGAGGUGAUGUAGAACAGGCCCAGGGCCUCAUGAAGCUAUGUGACCGGCUCAAAGAAGAGAAGGAGACUUUACUGAAACAACAGGAGAACAGCCAUUGGUCUAUGACCGCAGAGCUGGCUGCCGCCCAAGAGAAGCAGAUGGAGGUGUGCCCGGUGUGCGGCGCCUUCCUCAUCGUUGGUGACGCUCAGCAGCGCAUCGAUGACCAUCUCUCCGGGAAGCAGCAUGUCGGCUACUUCAAACUCCGUCAAGCCUACGAAGAAAUGAUGGAGUCACGUGAAAAGGAACUGCAAGAGAAAGAGAAAAAGCGUCGCGAAGAGCGAGACAGAGAGCGCAGCUCGCGCGGCGGCGGGCUCGGCUCCGACCGGCGAGACAGGGAACGGAUGGAAAGAGACAGAGAACGCGAUCGCGGAGACAGGGACAAGGAGCGGGACAAGAAGGACGACAAGAGCGACAGGGACAAGGAGAGGGAUAAGGACAGGGAACGUCAUCGGUCGAGCCGCGAAGAGAAGAGCGGCCGCCACGACGAGCGCGAGCGCGACCGCGACCGGGACCGCGACCGCAGAUCGCGCAGGGAGAGAAGGUCGUCCCACGAGCGCCCGCGCCGCCGCUCCCGCGAGCGCCACUAGCAGCGGACUGAGGUAUCACAAAUAGCGCCUCGCGCCGCUGGCACCCCGUAGACGAAGACCGGAGCCCGGACCACAAAUAGAGGUACUUUUGAAUUAAGCCAUCUAACCACGAAGACAGAAGGCCGCAAGCAUAAUCCAAAAUAAUCCAGAAGUCCACAAUACUCCCGCGUUCCGAGGUGACAUAGAAUUACCCGUAGUUUUAAGGUACUUUGAUUGUUGGUUAGAUUCCAAAAAAUCUACUAAACUUUAGUCAUUGAAAUAGUUAAUUUAAUAUGCCAAUUUGGAACUCCGUAUUAGAAUGUUAGCAUGCUUUAAUAUUGAAGAUACAAUUUGUAUUUUAUUUUAUAUAUAGCAGGGGAGAGAAACUGCAGCAAUCGGGCAUCCUCUGUUCCAUUCGGCUCAGCAUUGCUCCGAGCAAUUAUUAGGUCCAGGUGCCUUCUAGACGGUCCGAGACCAAAGCGUAUUAUUAUAUUAUGAUACGAGCCAUAAAUUGUGUUUUCCAACGAUUGAUUGACCCUGUGCUAAGUAGAAACAAAAAAUUGCGGCCCUAAAAAGGGACAUUCAUUACAAUUGCAAAUAAAAAUAAUAAGUUUGAAUAUAAUUAAUUUAAAUAUCGAUUUUUAUAUUAACUAAAAUGGGGCAUAAGUAACUAUCGGGCUGCUUGAGUUUCUCUUGUAGUUCCGGAGCGCUUUCUUCCCAUUCAACAAUGACUGCCUUCCUAGGGAGCCAGGAAGGAGAAGUUUUGUGGCCAUUCGUAUUUCAAUCUCGCUCAACGGAAUCCUCGUUCUGCGUAUUAGUUUUCCAGCUUCACAGGCGAUUGUUUCUAUGAUAACAUUCACAAUUAUUAUAGGAUUGACGUCCCUUUGCGUGCACAACCACACAUAAGAUAAUGACUUGAAUUUUGUCAACCCUAAAUAAUCGAAAGUGAUUGCCAUACUUUAGAAAGGGACAGCAUGAUUCGUCCCUGAAUCGAUGUCAAACUUCGGUUUUGCUGGAAGUUUCUUUUCUAAACGAUAGUACUAUUACUUAUUUUGUGGCCAUAGUCAGUCUUGUCAAAGAAACAUCUACACUGGUAAUAAUUUAGGUCUUAUGGGUUAAAAUACAAUGUACGUUUCUCCAGAAACUUCGCGUCUCGCACAUAGUGGAAUUGUGUAUAUCUGGACUGAUAUUACCUUAAAAUUCUUCAAGAAAAAGCGUACCUACUCCCAUCUUAUUAAGGCCGGCCAAGCAACUUGCAAUCCCUCUGGUGUUAAAUUUGUCCGCUCGUUUGCCUCCAAUAAUAUUUUAAAAAAAAAACAUAUUUUUGGUAGAUUUUUUGUAAUCUAAUUAUCAAUCCGAUUAUAAUAUUAGUUUAGGUGUUGUUCAAGACGGUUUACAUCAAGUAGCGUCCUGCCUAGGACCUGUUAUUUUUACGCUUAGAGAAUAAAUGUAAAGUGUAGACGUCUGUUUCCUAGGAAGCUCUGUAAUGUUAAAUAUACCAGUUGCCACUGAGGAGUGAUUCAGGUAUUUAUGCAAUUAUUAUUUUUUCGUCAUAAUGAUGUUUUAGUGACAUAAUUUUGUUGGACGACUUGAAUGUGUGAACUAUCAUUUUAAAGGAAUAAAAUAUACAACCA